AUACACCGUGAUCUUGCUUCUGAUUUUUUAUAAUUUUAACUUUUUCGCCGGUUGUCUUAUGCUGAUUGAUUUUUCGGUUUGAUUUCGCGAAAUGGCGCAAAACAAGUUCAGUGAGAUGGCCUCACGUUUUGGCAAGGGCACGAACGGCGUACCAACGGGCCUAAAAGUUCUCACCGCCGUCGGUCUUGCGGCAUACGGUGCUUCUAAAUCCAUGUAUACAGUGGAAGCUGGACACAGAGCAAUCAUAUUUUCUCGAUUAGGAGGCAUUCAAAAAGAUAUCAUGACCGAAGGUCUGCAUUUCCGUAUUCCAUGGUUUCACUAUCCAAUAAUUUACGAUAUUAGAAGCAGACCUAGGAAGAUCUCUUCACCUACGGGAUCUAAAGAUUUACAAAUGGUCAACAUCUCGCUACGUGUUCUGUCACGUCCUGAUGCAAGCACAUUGCCAAUUAUGUAUCGGCAGUUAGGUCUUGAUUAUGACGAAAAGGUAUUGCCAAGCAUAUGCAAUGAAGUAUUAAAGUCAGUCGUUGCCAAAUUCAACGCCUCGCAGCUGAUCACACAGAGACAGCAGGUAUCCAACAUGGUGCGCAAAGAAUUGACAGAACGUGCUCGGGACUUCAAUAUCGUUCUGGAUGAUGUUUCCAUAACAGAGCUUAGUUUUGGCAAGGAAUAUACUGCUGCGGUUGAGGCCAAACAGGUGGCCCAGCAAGAGGCCCAACGAGCUGCCUUUGUGGUGGAAAGAGCCAAACAAGAACGACAACAAAAAAUUGUGCAAGCUGAAGGAGAGGCAGAAGCAGCAAAAAUGCUUGGUUUAGCUGUCAGUCAGAAUCCUGGAUACUUGAAGCUGCGUAAAAUACGAGCUGCACAGGCCAUUUCACGUACGAUCGCCAACUCCCAAAACAGAGUGUUCCUCAGCGGUAGUAGCUUGAUGCUGAACAUACAAGAUCCUACCUUUGACGAGGGUUCUGACAAGCUGAAAAGUCACGAAGGAGUGAGCUGGAAGAGCUGGGAUGAGGCGGCCGACUAUGCUCUCCAGAAACUGAAUACUCAGCGGGCAUUACCAAGCGCUGAAAGGCUCGCCAUCGAGACCCGAUCACACGGAACACGAGUCCCCUCCGCCAUCCCGUCACGUCUACUGGAAUCGGCCGACAAUGGCGCUAAACUAAUAGUACCAUGACGAUAAACGAAAAUUUUGCGACGCGAGCGAGUGUCUCGUCCCAACAAAAUCCCCUUCUCUCUCUCUCUCCCCCUUUUUUUAUUCUUCUCUGUUAUUUUGUCCAAAGGUAUAAUCUUGCACACUUGACCUUUUGUGUACGUUUAAUUGAUGGCUACUGAUGAUGGAAUAAAAAUAUAAUACGAUCA